AUGUUUUUCCCGUUCUUCACGACUCAGCGCGUCGUGCAUUUGUUCAGUUUGUUCUGUCGGAGGAGUUCAUUUCAGCGAGUGAAAGACAGCAACAUUUAUUCGGCCUCGGGCUAUGAGAGAAGUAACGAAACGCAUUUGAAAAUCUAUCUAUCUAUCUAUCUAUCUAUCUAUCUAUCUAUCUAUCUAUCUAUCUAUCUAUGUCAAAAGAGAAGUAACGAAACGCAUUUGACGAUCUAUCUAUCUAUCUAUCUAUCUAUCUAUCUAUCUAUCUAUCUAUCUAUCUGUCUUUACCAUACCUUCGUUUGCGUUCAUUGCAAAAUUCUUACAUGUUUUUCUUUAUUUCCUUUUUCUACCUUCAUUUACUCUUUUCUUUCUUUCUUUCUUUCUUUCUUUCUUUCUUUCUUUCUUUCUUUCUUUCUUUCUUUCUUUCACUACUCCUUCUGUCAUUUACAUAUCCCUCUUUCUUUCUUCUUUCUUUCGUUUUUUCUUUCGCACAUUCUAAUUUUCAGUCUUCAACCAUAUCCCUCUUUCUUUCUUUCUUUCUUUCUUUCUUUCUUUCUAACCACACAGUCACUUUCACACAUUCUUUCUUUCUUUCUUUCUUUCUUUCUUUCUUUCUUUCUUUCUUUCUUUCUUUCUUUCUUUCUUUCUUUCACAGAUAUUCUCUCACUAUCUAUAACCCCACAGUCUCUUUCACACAUUCUUUCUUUCUUUCUUUCUUUCUUUCUUUCUUUCUUUCUUUCUUUCUUUCUUUCCUCUCUUUCUUUCUUUCUUUCUUUCUUUCACUUUGAGGAGAUUUCUCUUUCACACAUUCUUUCUUUCUUUCUUUGUUUCUUUCUUUCCGACUUUCUAAUCCUUUCUUUCUUUAGAACUAUAAAUCUUUCACUUGAUUUCAAAUGUAUUACCUUCCCUCUUUUUGGCAUGAUAAGUCUUUCUUUCUUUCUUUUUAUUUCUUUCUUUAGACAUCUUUCUUUCUCUAUGUUGUCUUUCAUUCGUCCUAACUUUAUAAUACAUUCUUUCAUUCAUUCUUUCUUUCUUUCUCCAUACAUAUUUACAUAUCUUUCUUUCUUUCCCUUUUUGGUCUUUCAUUCGUCCUACCAUCAUAAUACAUUCUUUCUUUCUUUUUCUUUCCUUCUUUCCUUCCUUCCUUCCUUCCUUUCUACAUCUUAUUACAUCUUUCUUUUCUUUCUUUUCUCUCUCUUUCAUUCUUUCUAA